UUUUACCUUUUAGCAGCCAUGUCCUAUGAUCGCUAUGUUGCCAUUUGCAGACCCCUGCAUUACACAACCUUAAUGAGCAGGAGACUUUGCAUUGGACUCGUGUUCUGUUCCUGGUGCUCUGGUUUUGUAGUUGUCAUUGUGCCACAUAUGAUGACUCUCCAGUUGCCUUUCUGUGCAUCUAACAUCAUCAAUCAUUAUUGCUGUGACUACACUGUGUUGUUGCACUUAUCCUGUUCAGACACAUAUUUCAUAGAAGUGAUUCAGCUUGUCCUUGCUGCGGUCACCCUCAUCUUCACCUUGGUGCUGGUGAUUCUUUCCUACACAUACAUUAUCAGGACCAUUUUGCGAUUCCCUUCUGUUCACCAGAGGAAAAAAGCCUUUUCUACCUGUUCCUCUCACAUGAUUGUGAUCUCACUUUCAUAUGGAAGUUGCAUUUUUAUGUAUAUAAAUCCUGUUAAAGAUGCAGCAACUUUUAAUAAGAGAGUGGCUGUUCUAAAUACGUCCAUUGCCCCUCUAUUGAACCCAUUCAUCUAUACUCUAAGGAACAAGCAAGUGAAAAUAGCCUUCCAAGAUAUGGUAAGUAAGAUAAUUAUUUCAAAAAAGUGA